CUUGAAGAACUCAGUCCUCUAAAGAGGAACGAGAUCAGGAGCACGACUGGACUGACUGCCCGACUCCCUGAUGGGACCCCAAGCAUGCUGGGCUGCAGUCAGCUGACUGGACGAGAUGAUGGGUGUUCAUGCUAGUGGUCGGUAGUCAUUGAGACUGGUAAUGUUCUUUAUUUGCAGAGGGAUGAUGGUGGAGGACUUUAAGCAUGGUGGAAUGGAGCACUGGGUGAGGGACUAGCAUGGGCGCCGAAACAGGGGGGGCCAGGGGGCCAUUACCCCACCCCCCCACUUUACGGCCCUGCCCUGCCUGCCCGUCCGCUGGUCCCGCCAAACAUUUACAGAGACUGCACACAACUCUGACAAUCUGUGACUGACAUGUGUCUGUGUUUAUAUGCAGACAGAGGUACAGAUAAAACCUGCAGCGCUGAGAUCUGGACCAAAUCUAAGGCUCCAGAUCAGAACGGUCACCCAAAGAUGUUCUGGAGUGUGUAUAACAACAUCCCUCCUGUCACCGCCCUGCCUUUGAGAUGUAGCUACCACUUAAUGCGUGGUGAAAGGAGGCCACUAUGGGAGGAAGAAAGCAACGCAAAAGGAGGGGUAUGGAAAAUGAAAAUCCCAAAAGAAAACAGUUCUACAGUUUGGAAGGAGUUGUUACUUGCUACUAUCGGGGAGCAGUUUGCAGAUUACUGCACAUCAGAUGAUGAGGUUGUCGGCGUCAGUGUUAGUGUUCGAGAUCGGGAGGAUGUUGUACAAAUAUGGAACAGAGAUGCAACGCUUGCCGACAAAGCCAGUAUUUUGGGGAAAGUCUAUGAGCUGCUCCCGUAUAUAUCAUUUAAAGCAGUUUUUUAUAAGCCUCAUAUGGAUCAUCAUGCCUUUGAGGGAGGACGUUCAAGACAUUAGAUUGUGAAGCACUUUAAAUAAAAAACAAAACCCCAAACUCUGAACCUGCCUUCACGGAAGGCAAUGUCCACAACUUAAUUAAGGAUAGUAUUUUUUAUUUUUUUGCUUUCAAUGACAAGAGGUUAUCAAUAUAUUUUUAUAUCUUUUAAUGACUGCUGCCUUGUUUUAAUCAUAAUAUGGGUCCUGAAGCUCUGAAGGGUUGAGAGCUUGUAAACUGUAAAUCUCAUCCAUAAUGCGUUAAGUAGUGAAGGUGGCAAUAACCUGUUCUGCUAGAACUGUACUGGGACCACUCAUGUCAUUUCUGGUCAAGACUAUAAGUCGCGUUCAAUAUUUAGAAUAUUGCUGAAAAUUCUAACUGGUUGAAUGUGACUAUUGGCUGCACCUAUUAGUAUGUUUUUAACUGCGAUUUGCUGCUUUCCCAUCAUGAUCCAUUCAACUUUUUCAGUGCCAAAGCGUCUUCUGCUGUUUGUAAGAUGAUUUUGUUGUUUGCCCGUUUUGGGUUUUAUCGUCACAGAUGGAGUGAAUGUAAUAUUUGCUUUCUUAAACAGUGUGAACCCAUUGUAAAGCCAUCGUAAAGGAUCGAAGCGAAGUCCAGCACAGAUGUGGCCAUAAUUAUUUUUAAAGCUUUAUUUUUAUGGGCGAAAAAAAAAAAAGUGUUGAAAAAGUAUCAGGGAAUGUUUUAAUGUUAUUUUUUCCCCAAGCUCCAGGAUUCAAUAUUCUUGUUAAUUGAGCUCUGAAGUGAAGUUACUGAUUGUUGGAUAAUGAGGUAAUGCCAGACAUUUUUCUCCCUUCGCUCCUGCCGCUACAUGUUUCCACUGACGGUAAAUCUGCUAGUUUCCUUCCAGCCUUCUAGGUCAGUGAUUAUGUGUAGGUCAUACUGUUCUCAUGUUUUAGUGGUUUGAAGAUGGAUUAUGCUUUAAGAAGGCUGACUGAGUAACUGAGUUUUUAUGCAGACUGCUGCUUAGAGGGAUAAAAAGAAAACUAGAUCGGCUCCCAUCCAUGAAUAUGCAUCUGUCAUUUAACAACAACUUCAAGUUGUUUUUGAUUAAGUAUACGUUUAAGUUGUCUUGCAUGUUUUGUCACAUCACCUUUGUCGUUAAUCUCAUGUCAGGUCGAUGGUUUUCAAAAGGACCUUUGUUUCCUCUGUAAAGUCUUUUUGCAGUGACAUGGACAGAUCAAAUAAAAUGGAGCUGAAAAUAU